CGGAGGUCCGGUCACUGUCUAGUAAUGAUGGCGUCUUCUGCUGUUAGGUGUUACCCACGUUGGAUAGUAGUUGCCGUGUCCUCUGGCCAUGGGAGGGCUUAUUCCACUCUUCCCUCCUGUCCCAAUGGAGGUAGUCGAGUUGGCUCCAGACUUGUGGCCCGUGAGUUCCGGUCAUCGGGCACCACAAUCCGUGAAGGAACGGUUAAAGCCUUGACAUUGAGAGGGCUGCCAGGCAGAAUCUCUCCUUGGGUCAUCUCCAAGAUGUGUUUCCACACCAGUGCCCAUACCUGCAGUAAACAGGACUUCUACCAGAUUCUUGGGGUUCCACGAGCAGCCUCCCAGAAAGAGAUCAAGAAAGCCUAUUACCAACUGGCAAAGAAAUAUCAUCCAGAUACAAACAAAGAUGAUCCUCAGGCCAAGGAGAAGUUUGCAGAACUGGCUGAAGCCUAUGAGGUGCUCAGUGAUGAGGUGAAGAGGAAGCAGUACGACACGUAUGGCUCAGCAGCCUUUGAAGCAGGCCAGGCCCGGCCCGGGUCUGGCCAGCGGCAGUACUGGGGCGGAGGAGCAAGCAUGGACCCGGAGGAGCUUUUCCGCAAGAUCUUUGGGGAGUUUUCGGGGGCGAGAGGAUUUGGAGACUUUAACGCGAUCUUCGAUCAGCCUCAGGAGUACGUGAUGGAGCUGACCUUUAUCCAGGCUGCCAAAGGUGUGAAUAAGGAAAUCACGGUGAACAUUGAUGGUACCUGCCAGCGCUGUGAUGGCAAAGGCCAUGAGCCUGGAUCCAAGAUCCAGCACUGCCACCACUGCAAUGGCACCGGAAUGGAGACGGUGAACAAGGGACCAUUCGUAAUGCGCUCUACUUGCCGGCGGUGUGGAGGGCGGGGCUCAGUGGUGACCUCGCCCUGCACGGCGUGUCGCGGAACGGGACAGACAAAGCAGAGGCGCACCGUCAUGGUUCCUGUUCCCGCCGGGAUUGAGGACGGGCAGACGGUUAGGAUGCCUGUGGGAAAUAAAGAGAUCUUUAUCACGUUUAGGGUCCAGAAGAGCCCAGUGUUCAGGAGGGACGGGCCGGAUAUCCACUCUGAUGUUUCCAUCUCCGUGGCUCAGGCUCUCCUGGGGGGCACGGUCCGAGCACAAGGACUCUACGAGAUGGUCAACCUGGCUAUCCCUGCUGGUGCCCAGGCAGACCAGAGGAUCAGGCUUUCUGGGAAGGGAAUCCCACGUGUCAGCAGCUACGGUUUUGGAGAUCAUUACAUCCACAUCAAAAUCCGAGUCCCUAAAAUACUGACAGAUAGGCAGCGCGCCCUUAUUACAAGCUAUGCAGAAGACGAGACCGAUGUGGAAGGAACCGUCAAUGGUGUUGCCACAACCACUGCAGGUGGGGGCAGCAGUGGUAAAAAGUCUGAGACAGGGCAGAACAGGUCCAUGGAGGGAGAGAAAACCAAAGAGGAGGGCUUUUUCUCCAAAUUAAAGAAAAUGUUUAGUUCCUCCUGACAGCCACACACCAGGUAAAAGAUCUACAGGAAACUGAUGGAGCAAGUGUGGGUGCUGAGGCGGGGGGGGGGGCCAGGGCAGCUGCAACAGGCCUGAUGAGAGGCAGCGGCACAGGCAUGUGGAGCUCGAUGGUGCGCGGUGGUGCUGGUUAACACACUGAGCACGCACUUCUCCCCAACCCCACACCACCAUAGCACAGGACAGGUCUGCUCGUUACGUUCAGCUGCUGGACUGUUGGCUUCCACCACCGUUUAAGAAGGACAGUGUUGUCUUCUAGCCUGUGGUAACUGUGGAUGGCUCUCAGCCAGUCUGUUCUGGGAAUUCCAGGAACCCCAAACACAAGGAAAAUGUUAAUUGGAUGCAGAAUGAACAUGGAAAUAAGAUUAUGGCUGUCGAACAUGUACACAGCUUUUUGCUUCAAAAGAUCUCCAGUUGUCCCGAUUUCCUGCGUUUUACCAUAAUGUCCUUUAAGAGCCCAAUUCUGGAUCUGCGGUGAGCCGUGCACCUGAGUGUCUUGGUUGAAUGAGUGCACCAUGGUUUGUUGUACACCGAGGUGAUGCACCUGGACCUUUCUGUACAGUCUGUAUGUUGACGUUCCCGGUGAAUGUGCCAUUGUCACCUUUUAAACCUCCAAUCAUAAAUUGGAAUAAUCCACUCAUUACAGCGAGAUUCAUCUUGCCUCAUUAGUUCUGUUGUCACUAUUUAAAGGAUGUCACUGUUGACAUGCCUCAUGCACAUAUUAAAAUUCUAUAUGUAUAACAGUGAUUAGUAUCUUUAGGGAAAAAAAAACUGCUAUAAAAAGAAAUUAUUUUUGUGAUCAAACAAAACAAAGCAGGUUCAGUUCAUUUACUUUUAUAAAUUUAUUACUUAAAAGGUAGAACAGUUGGAAGUUGAAUUGACGAGCAUACAGGCCUUCCAUAACACUGAUGAUGAUGAUUUUUAUUAUUAUUAUUAUUAUUACAGCCACAUCUGGUCCUUGUUGACAAUAGCAGUUAGUAAUCCAUCUGUUAAAAUUUAAAACCACUCUACUAUAAUUAUAAUCCACUUAAGCCCUGUUACAAAGGUGCAAUAUGUAGGAAUAAAUUAAUAAUUGGUCUAUUGCUCUUGGAAUCUGCUGUGGGUAAUAAGUAGUUUGUUGUAAUAAAUUUUUGUUGAUGUUUCAGCCUUUA